AUGGACGGCCCAAGGAAGACGUGGGAGCUGGAUAACGCCGUCAACCUUACAGACGCCACUCGUGAUCAACCAUACGCCUACUCGGUCGAACAGCAAAAGGACAUCAACAACAAGAAGCCAUGGCGCGCAGACCCCAACCACUUCAAGCAUGUCCAGAUUUCCUCGGUCGCCCUCACCAAGAUGGUCAUGCACGCCCGCUCCGGUGGCAGCAUUGAAGUCAUGGGCCUCAUGAUCGGCUACGUCCUCCACGAGACCUUUGUUGUCACCGACGCCCUCCGCCUGCCUGUCGAAGGAACAGAGACCAGAGUCAACGCUCAAGACGAAGCCAACGAGUACAUGGUCAAAUACCUCGACCGUUCACGUCAAGCCGGUCAACUGGAAAACGCCGUCGGCUGGUACCACAGCCAUCCUGGCUACGGCUGCUGGCUCAGUGGUAUCGAUGUUUCGACUCAAUUCACCCAGCAAACCUUCUCCGAUCCUUUCGUCGCCGUUGUCAUCGACCCAGACCGCACCGUCAGCUCCGGCAAGGUCGAGAUUGGCGCUUUCAGAACUUAUCCCGAAGGCCACGUCCCUGCUGGUUCUGAAUCUGCUGGCGAAGGCAUGGCUGCUGUUCCUCUCGCUAAAGCUGCCGACUUUGGUGCUCACGCAAACAAGUAUUAUUCGCUCGAAGUCACUCACUUCAAGUCAUCACUCGACAACACAUUGCUGGAAGCUCUAUGGAACAAGUACUGGGUCCAGACUUUGUCCUCUUCACCUCUGUCCACCAAUCGCGAGUACGGCACCAAGCAAAUCGAAGAUCUGGCAGGCAAGAUCAAUCAAGUCACCCAGAAUGCCAAGCACAGAGGUUCAAUGUCCAUGCGCCCAGGUGCCAAAGGCGAUGCUGCCAUGGACAAGGUAGUCUCUGCCGCGGACAAGAUCGCCAACGAGGAAAAGACUGGUCUGUUGGCUGCUCAGGUCAAGGAGAAGGUCUUCUCGGCUCCUCCACAGACCACGAGCCUUGGAGAUGGUAAUGGAGUCGAGGUGAAGAUGCAGGAGGCUAUGGAAGAAUAG